GCGUGUGUGUGUGUGUGUUUGUUGACUGGGUUCACUCACCCUAUCUGUCUCUGGGCAGAAAUGAGUAGAGCUGCGCUCCUAUCUCUGAUCCUUGCCUUACUGUACGGAACCUCCAGCCAGAAUGAAAAAGGGCAAGAACUUAAAGUGGAAGUCUUGCUGAAACCUGAAGGCUGUCCUGAGCUAUCGACAUUUGGAGACACUCUUCACAUCCACUACACUGGGAAGCUGGAAGAUGGAACCUUGUUUGAUAAUUCUUUAAUCCGGGAUCCUCUGGUGGUUGAACUUGGCAAAAAGCAGGUUAUUCCAGGUUUGGAACAGGGUCUCCUCGAUAUGUGUGUUGGAGAGAAGAGGAAGUUAACUAUUCCAUCUAACCUUGCAUAUGGGAAACGAGGCUUUCCACCCUCCAUUCCAGGAGAUUCUGUAUUGUUGUUUGAGACAGAGUUGAUCACUUUGGUGAAAUCAACAUACUGGAAGAAAAUAAUGGACAAUGUAAUCCCAAUCACCUGCCUCCUACUGGUCCCUGGACUUUUGUGCCUAAUAGGCUAUUAUCUCUAUCUUAAAGCAAAUACACCAAAAAUCUCCAAACGGAAACUCAAAGAGGAGAAAAAAAGCAAAGGAAAAAAUAAAUAAUUUUUCUGCAAAA